UGUUGUGUAUAUUGAUAGUGUUGGUAGUGUAUAUUCUAUGGACAUGUUUGUCCAGCUGGUUGAGUAGGUUAGUAGUUUGUCACCGAUUGAACUUUGUGUGGCUGUUUUGUUUGAGGAGGGCUCAACCUGCUGAACAAAACUGCUCCUGAACAAAAGGCAGCAGCAUCGGUGGGGGGGAGGUGCGCAGAAAACACUGAUCCAAAUGGGCAAAGGCCAGCUGUGGAAGGUCCAGAUGUGCGUGUUAACCCGACUCACAUGACCAAACGAUCACCAUUCGGCGAGGCAUGAUUUGUUUUAUUGUGGAAAUGCGACGCGCAUACCUGCCACUGACACAGCGACAGCCCAAAAGAGCCGCGGGCGCUACAAUGCUAAUGUUGUCGGGGGCUUUGACUUCUCCCAGCCACUGCAACGACGCUGCUCCGUGUGACAGCCACGGCGCCGCUCUCUUCCCCCGGUGUUCGCCAUCCCGCCUUUCACGCCUCUUCACGUUUGGCACCUGUGCGCUGCUGGGGAAAAAAGCCACCGCGUCCUAUCUCCUCACCUUAAAGUCUGCGCGGUAAUGGACGAAACGGAUAUCAUGGACUUGACGCACCAGAAAGCGAGAAAGCGACCGCGUCCAAUCAGUUCCGUGGAUGAGUCCGUGCACGCUUCCCUCAAACGGCUCCCGAUCCGAGCGGCGGAGUGCAGGGACUCCUCGCUGAUGUACGCUGUCAGAGGAGAGCCCGUUCCCGCAGCAUCUCUCAAGCAAAAUGAUCAUUCGGUGACUUCCUCUCCAACCACAGUGAUGCCGGCGCAGGAUAAUCGCUCCAGCAUGUCCAGGCCCAUGAUCACACGGUCGCCAGUGUCCCCCUUGAGCAACCAGGGCAUCCCAACACCUGCACAGCUCACCAAGUCCAACGCCCCCGUGCACAUUGACGUGGGCGGACACAUGUACACCAGCAGUCUGGCGACCUUAACGAAAUUUCCAGAAUCCCGAAUUGGUCGCCUCUUUGAUGGCACAGAGCCUAUAGUCCUGGACAGCCUGAAGCAGCACUACUUCAUUGACAGGGAUGGACACAUGUUCCGCUACAUCCUCAACUUCCUCAGGACGUCCAAGCUCCUCAUCCCAGACGACUUCAAAGACUACAGCCUGCUGUUCGAGGAGGCACGAUACUUCCAGCUGCAGCCCAUGCUCGCCGAGCUGGAGCGCUGGCGCCAGGACCAAGAGCUCGGCCGGGUGUCUCGCCCCUGCGAGUGCCUGGUGGUGCGCGUGGCGCCCGACCUGGGCGAGAGGAUCACGCUCAGUGGCGACAAGGCCCUGAUCGAAGACGUGUUUCCGGAGAUCGGCGACGUCAUGUGCAACUCCGUCAACGCCGGCUGGAACCACGACUCCACCCACGUCAUCCGCUUCCCACUCAAUGGGUACUGUCACCUCAACUCUGUCCAGGUUCUAGAGCGUCUCCAACAACGAGGCUUCGAGAUUGCCGGCUCCUGCGGCGGAGGCGUGGACUCAUCCCAAUUCAGCGAGUACGUCCUGAGGAGGGAAUUGAGGAGGACAAGUCAGCGAGGACCCAAUUCAAACAGGAUAAAGCAAGAGCAGCUGGACUAGAGGCCUCCCGAGCAGUAGGAGGCGCUAGACUUUUCUGUGGCAGCCAAACGCUUGACGCUGCAGAGCUCUGUGGACUCUGUUUUUCUUCAUUUCCUUGUUGAUGUUUUUGUUUUCUUAAACUUGAGAACCAUCUAUAGAAUAAAAAUGAAGUGCAACAGGAGAUUUUUUGCCGUAAGAAGAUACAAGACAUUUGAUAAGUUUGAGAUUGCGAGGACAUUUGUGAUUGUCUAGCCCCCAUAAAAGCAAUUUAAAAAAAGGAUUUAUAUACGCUGGAUCCCCAAACAAAGUUUGUUUUAACACUUGGAGCCUACAUUAGGUUCAAUAUGAUUUCUAAUUUACCCAUAUAAAUUAAAAAAAAUAAGGUUUUUAUUGCUGGUGUAGUGUGUUGCAUAGCUUGUCACCAAUGACUUGGUUUUGUUGUCCAACUGGCAUAUUGGCCAAGUCUGUUUUUAUCCCUCAUUCUGAAAAGGUCACUGAAUGUCUCAGUUGUCAUCACCAUCUUUUUUCACAAUGAACAUGAUGUUUAAUAUUGUGAUACCAAUGAAGUGUUUUCAUUUUUGCUUCUUUUUUUUUCAUUUUUUUAUUUGGCACAUGCCAUUCAAUAGAGUUCAUCAAAAAUUUAACAUUCUAUACACAGUAAAAAAAAAAAAAGAAAGAAAAAAAAUUGUAAAUUAUUAAGUCACACCAUUUGCCUCAUCGGGGAGUAUGAACCACAAACCCCUGUGCGCUACCUUGGGAAUUAUUUAAUUGGAUCAUAAUAUUCCUCCGAGUCAUGACCUGUAAAUUAUCAUCGUAUAUGUGUUUGUGUUUUUUUUACAUUGAAUCUUUUUAAAGCAAAUUUGUUGCCUCAGACAUGACUGAACAGAUUAAAAGCUUACUGUACCACCCACUCCAAGAUCACUUUUAUUUGUAGCACAUAUUGAUAUGAAGUUGGAUAUAAAGUAUUUCUAAGAUGACUGACCCACCUACGCUCCUAAGAUUUGAGUAAAGAGGAAUGUAGCAAAAAAAAAGUGAAAUAAAUCUCAGCUAAACUUGU